UAAUAUCUAUAAACUUAUCAAAAUAUUUAAAAAUUCAAUAAAACUCUUUACAAAUGAAAUGUAACACUUGAUUGAUUGAGUAUGCAUUUGUAUUAAACAAUACAAUUUUUAACUACAGCUUCAUUAAAUUAUAACAUUUUCAUAUUUAUAAAAUUAAUUUAAUCGCUACCGUACAAUUGUGGAGAGGUUUUAGUGCAAUAAUAAUGAUGAUGACGACGACGAUGAUGAAACUAACUUACAAAGGCAGGGGGUUUCGAAGAAAUAAGGAGGACCAUUCUAAUCAGAGCCUUAAAAUGCCACCAGCAUCUGCCAGGAGAUUUCCUUACCAAACCUUGACUUAUCUGCUCCAGUGCUAGCUUGCAAAUAGAUUCCUCUGCUCUGAAUUUAAUUUACAUAGCUAUACAUGUUCUCGAGGAAAGGAGGUUUUCCACUCUUUUUCAAUUCUGUGUUAGCUCUGUUUUCUUUCAUAAUCAAAGUGUUUCUUCCAGGACGAUCCCUCUGUCUGUAAUUUGUAGGGAUUAGUAGUGAAUGGAUCUUUCAGCGCCACUUGUUGAACUUGUGAAAAUAGUGUCAACUCCAAUUCGUAGAUCCUGGAAGCAUCACAGAAGCGUGAAUAAGUACAUGAAAAUUCUCAAUGAAAAGUUGGAAGAAUUGAACUGCCAGAAGGAAGACAAUGAAUCCAAGCUGCGACAAGAGCUUCUUCCGGGGAAGACAUUAAAGAAGGAAGUUGAACUUUGGUUAGGAAAGGUAAAAAAUAUUAACAGUGAAAUCAGAUGUAUUGAAAUUAAGGUUGGAAAAGUGAAGUACUUACACCGCUCAUGCCUUGGAAAAGUUGUCUGUAAGAAGAUUCAGGAAGUGGAAGAACUCUAUCAAAAGGGUUGUUUUCCUGAUGGUUUUGUGGAACCAUGUAUAAAAAAUGGUGAUGUACUACCGACAAUGAAAUUGGCAGGAGAAACUACAUUGAAAAGAAAAGUGGAAGAAAUUUGUGAAAGCUUGAUGAAUGAUGAAGUACAAAAAAUUGGAGUUUAUGGCAUGGGUGGCAUUGGUAAAACAACUGCCAUAAAGCAUAUAAACAAUCAACUUUUAGAGAAAAAAGAUAAGUUUGAUAAUGUAAUUUGGGUAACUGUAUCAAAGGCUUCCAAUGUUUUCAAAUUACAAGAUGCAGUUGCAUGCAAGUUGGAUUUAGAUAUUUCGAAAUAUGAAGAUGAAACAACAAGGGCUGCAAAGAUAUAUGCUGCAUUCUGCAUGAAGAACAGAUAUGUACUAAUCCUCGACGAUUUGUGGGAAGUAUAUAAUCUUGAAGAUGUAGGAAUCCCUGAACCCACUUUAGAGAAUGGAUCCAAGUUACUUCUGACAACUCGGUCUCUUGUUGUUUGCCGUGGAAUGGGUUCUAAAGAUAUUGAAAUGGAGCUUCUAACAAAGGAAGAGUCGAGGAAUCUCUUCUUAGAUGUAGUUGGGAAUGAUGUUUUAUCUGUACCAAAUUUGGAAGCAACUGUGAAUGAAGUUAUUGAAGAAUGCAGUUGUUUGCCUCUUGCAGUUGUUACAGUAGCAGGCAGUUUGAAAGGAGUUGUAGAUAUUUGUGAGUGGAGGACUGCAUUAGAAGAACUGAGGGCACCUACAAAGGGGCCUAAUGAGAUUGGAAGUACAAUACUUGAGAAAUUGAAAUUCAGUUAUGAACGCUUGAAGGAUAAGAAACUUCAAGAUUGUCUUCUCUACUGUGCUUUGUACCCUGAAGAUCAUAAUAUUCCAAGAGAUGAGCUAAUAGAAGAUUUAAUUGUCGAGGGAAUAAUUGAUGGAUUGAAGAGUAGGCAAGCAGAGUUUCACAAAGGCCACACCAUGUUGAAUAAACUAAAAAACGUUUGCCUGCUAAAAGAAUCAAUUCUAGGAGAUGAAUGGGUGAGGAUGCAUGAUUUGAUAAGGGACAUGGCCUUACAAAUUACAAGCUCCGAUCCCCAUUUCCUAGUUGAGGCUGGAACAGGAUUGGAAGACAUACCAGAUGUCGAAAUAUGGCCAAACGAUCUGGCCAAGGUCUCUCUAAUGUUCAACAAAAUAUCAGAAAUUCCUUCAAAUGCAUCUCCAAUCUGUCCUAAACUUUUGACAUUGAGGCUAAAUUUUAAUAGGCUCACAUGUAUUCCAGACUGCUUUUUUGUUCAUAUGACAGGGCUCAAUCUUCUUGAUCUGUCAUACACUGAUAUUGAAAGCCUGCCAAAGUCAAUCUCUAACUUGGUGACUCUUACUGCCUUAUCACUUAGAGGAUGUAUGAGAUUGAAGUUUGUGCCAUCUCUUACCAAUCUUAGGGCCUUGCAGAGGUUGGACUUUCGUAAUACAAAAAUCACAGAAGUACCUGAUGGUACAGAAAUGCUGAUCAAUUUGAGAUACCUCAAUCUUCAAACAAGAGCUAUGGAAAAGUUACCGGAUGGAAUUUUACCAAAACUCUCUCGACUCCAGUAUUUGGUAUUCCCACUAUGUGGCUUGCAAAUACUAAAACCGAGAGCAGAGGAGUUGGUAUGCUUGAGAAAGCUAGAGACUUUUAGGGGAAUAUUGCAUGACGUUAACGACUUCAAUACAUACAUUGGAUCCAUGAAAGAGGCCAGACAACUCGCCUAUUACACACUUCAAGUGGGAACAAACCCUUUUCCAAGCAGGACUUAUGGGUACCAAAAAGCUGUGAUUUUGAUAAACUGGGAUGCUAGUGAAAACAUAGCUGGAAAUCAGUACCCAAUUUUACUGCCUGAAGAUGUUGAGUACCUAAGCUUUGAGAAGUGCCACAAUAUAAGAAGUUUAUCUAAUGUCGUUUCAUUGAAAAAUGCAUCUGAGUUGAGAAAAUGUUUUAUCAGCAAUUGUCAUGGGAUAGAGCAUUUUCUUUCUUCAUCGUCUUUGGCUGUUCCUCUUCUUCAGAGCCUUGAGGAACUGAAACUUGUGAGACUUUGGGAUUUGCGAAGUUUGAUUCUGAGAGAGAAAGGUACUUCACCACUAUUCCAGCCAGGCAGUACUUUUUGCUCUCUUAGAAAAAUUGAAAUAUAUGAUUGUCCAAAUAUAAAGCAAGUAUUUACACUUGGGUUGCUGUUGAGCGUCCAAAACUUGGAAGAGAUUUACGUCAAAAACUGUUGUCGGAUGGUGAAUAUAGUAGCAGCAGAAUUGGAUGGAGAAGAUGAAGAUGGAAAUCAAAAUCUGGAAGGAACAAGCUUUGACACCAGAGGAUUGAUCUGUCUCUCCAAAUUAAGGGUCUUGACAUUAGAAUUCUUGCCAGAAUUGAAGAGCUUCUACAGCAGUGAAAGUGCAUUAUUUGUGGCUGUAUCUCUGCAGCAAAUAAUAUUACAGAAAUGUCCAAAGCUAAAGAAGAUUCCUGUACUUGGAGAUGAACCAUGUCCUCCCCCCUCUCUUCAGAAUAUUAAGGUUGAACAAGAUUGGUGGGAAUCGUUGGAAUGGAAUAAUCCCAACAAUAAGGAUGCCCUCCAACCUCUCUGUCAUUUUCAAACAAAUUAAAGACUACAUCUUAUAAUCUUGAAUAGCACUUUAUCUUAAUUCAAUUCAAUUAUCGCUUACAGUGUUUUGUUUGUCUACUUUACUCUGCGCGAACCGAUACAUGCCAGUGGAACUUAGGUGAUAUAUUGAAUUUGUUUUGUUUUGUUUGUU